AUGUUUCUGAAUAUAAUUAAAGGGUUAGAAAAAAAUGAUGAUAAAGAGAAUAUAAUAAAUAUAAAUACACAAAAAUUGUUAGGAGAUAAAACAUAUGAGAAAAGAAAAAAAGGAGCUCAAGAAAUAGCGGAAGAUAUAAAAUUAUUAUUAUUAAAAGAAGAAGCGGAAGAACAAGAACAAAUAAAUAUAUUAUUAAAUAAAAAUAAUAAUGAAGAAAAUAAUAUAAAUGAAUGUAAAAAAAUAUCUGAAUCAGAAAUAAAUAUAAUAUCAAAAUUAAAUGGAAAAAAUGAUAUAGAUAUAAAUAAUGAAUAUUAUUUUACUAGCUAUAAUGAUAAUUUAAAAACAAAUGAUGAAGGAAAUAAAGAAAAUGAUACAGGAAAAAAUAAAGACCAAAUUAAAUCAACAAACAAACAUAAUGUUAAAUGGGACGAUAAAGAUCCUAACAGUUUUGGAAUUAUAAAUGAGGGUACUGAACAAACUGAUAAAGACGAAGACAAUAGAGAAAAAUCUCAAAUUGUAAAUCGUGAUGAAACAUCAACAUAUGUAGAAAAUGAAGAUGAACAAUCAAAAGCUAUACAAGAUAAAAAAGAAAAUGCACACAAAGAUUUAAAUGAAGAAAAAUAUAUUUUAGGAGCUGAAAUUAUUAAAAAAUUAUUAUUAGAUAAAUGCAAAGAAAAUUGUGAUAUAGAUAUAAAAAUUGCAAAACCUAAUGGAAUAAAUGAUUAUAUAAGAAAUAGUAUAAAAGGAAAUAAUAAAGAAGAAGAUGAAAAUGAUAUUCAAAAUGAUAGUAAUGAAAAAAAUAAAAAAAAUAAAAAAUCUUUAAAUACUAUAUUAUAUGAACAUGAAAUAUAUUUUGAUCACCUGAACAAAAAAUAUCAAAAUAAAAAAAUUAUGGAAAUAUUAUAUUUUUUGGAUGAAAAAUUCAUAAAAAGUAUUAACAGUUCAGAAAGAUGUGGUGGUUUAAUUUCGCUAGCUUUUAUUUCAAUAAGUUUAGAAAAUAAAAUAAAAUAUUAUUUUUCUGAAAUAUUAAAAAUAAUAAUGUCAUGUAUAAAUGAUUCGGAUCCAAAGGUUCGUUAUUAUGUCUGUGAAAGUUUAUAUAAUCUUUGUAAAGUUUCAAAAAAUAUAGCUUUUAAUAAUAUAGAAGAAAUAUUUAAUUGCUUGUACAGAAUAUUUUCAGACACCUGCCCUAAUGUAAAAACUGGCGGUGCAUUUUUAGACAAUUUAUUAAAAGAUAUGACUUGUUCAUAUAAUAAUAUAUUUAAUAUAUAUAAAAUAGUUUACACAUUAAAAGAUAAUAUAUAUAUAGAAAAUACAAAUGCUAGACAAUUAAUUAUUUCAUGGUUAUUUUUUUUACAAAAUAUACCAACUAUUGAUGUAUUUGAAUAUUUUCAUUUUUUUAUUCGAGAUUUAUUUUUAAUGCUAUCUGAUGAAAAUAAAGAUAUUCAAAAGCAAGCAAAUCAAUGUUUAGAUCUUUAUAUGGAUAAAAUUGUAACAUCAAAUUAUGAGCAAUGUAAAAUGUUUUUUAAACAUAUAAUUCCUAUAUUUUUAGAAUUUUCAAGACAUAAAAAUCCAACUAUUAAACAUAAAUGUUUAUUAUGGAUUUAUCAUUUUAUAAAUAUAUUAAAUAUUCAUUUUUAUAACAUAUUUAAAUCUCCAAAAAAAAAUAGUUUUUUUAUGAUUGAAAUAUUAAAGAAAAUUAUUUGGUCAACCUCUGAUGUUAGUUUUGAUAUACAUUAUACAGCUCGAAAAUGUAAUGAACUGUUAAUAAAAUUUUUAAAAUUUUCAACUUUAGAAUAUUCAUUAUUAAUAACAGAAUUAGUAUGUAGUAUUAUUAAAACAAAAAUUGAAAAUACACAUUCCCAAUUUCAAAAUCAAAAAUCAUUAUUAUUACAAUAUAAUGAUCAAAUGGAUAAACAAAAAUCAAAUAACUCCAACCAAUCGGAUGUAAAAUAUAUUCCUGACAAAAAACAAAGUGCAUAUAUAAAUAUAUUAGAGAAUAAAAAUGAGCAAUUCUUUAAUAAUAUCACAGUCUCUGAAAGAAAAAAUGUACAAAACACUAGUAAGCUUACAUAUACCUUAUCAGACAAUACAUUUAUAAAUAAACAACUUAGUAUUGACAAAGGAUCUACAAAAUAUGAUUUAAAUACAAAUGAAAACGAUGAUUUUCAAUCAGUAAAUAAAUAUAAAUUGCAAAAUGAUGACUCAUUAAGCCGUACCAAAAGUGAAGAUAUAAAUGAAAAGGAAAGCAAUGCAACUCAUAUAAAUAAUACAAAUUUUAAGGACGGCAUCAAUGCAAGCGGCACAGUAAAUGACACAAAUCUUAGUGAAAACCAAAAUAAAAUUCAAACAAAUAAUUUUGAAAAAAAUAAUAAUGAAAGAAAUAGACAAACAAACUCAAAAAGAAGAGAUAGAAGUCAAAGUAUUUGUUCUAGUGUCAUGAAUGAUAGUAUCGAUGGGUCUAAAUUUUAUUGUAUUAAUGGACAAGAUAAAUGGGAAGAUGAAGAAGAAAAAGUAGAAAAUAAUAAUACCGAAUUAUUAGAAGAUGAAAUAAAAAAUUCUUUUAUAAAUAAAAAAAAUGACACCACUAAUAAUUUAGAAACUAAUCAAAACAAGCAAUCAAAUGUAAAUGAUGAAAAGGGCCAUAACUAUAAUUUAGGAUUUAUGUAUAAACAUGAAAGAUUGUUGAAUGAGCUUAAAGAAAAGAAGAUAGUAUUGAAAGAUGGUAAAAAAAUGGAAUCAUAUUAUAUAAAUAAAAUAAUUAAAAAAAAAAAAAAAGAUAACAAUGAUGAACAUAGUAUGAAUGCUAGUGAUAGUAGUAAUAGUUAUGAUGAUAAUUUAUUUUAUGAUAAUUUAGAAAAAAGAAAUAUUUAUCCAAUUAUAAUGUGUUUACAAUGGCUAACUGAAAUGUUAGUAUAUAAAAGUAAUGAAAUAAAAUCAUACUAUAAUAAAAUAAUUGAUUGUGUUUUUUUAUGUUUAAAAAAUGAAGAUAACAAAGUUUUAGUAUUAACACUUACUGUUAUUUCAGCUAUGUGUUCUACUGUUGAAAAUAAAUUCAGUUUCUAUGAAAACAUAAGUAGAAAUUUUAUUGAUUUAUUUAAACAAGAUGAAAGUUUAUUAAUACGUAAAGGAAAAGAAAUUAUACAACAUAUGUCUCGUUGUUUGAAUAAUAAAAAGUUUUUUGCAUAUUUAUGUUAUUUAUUAAUAUAUGAAACAGAUUAUAUAUUUGUCAAUAAAAUAGUUCAAGUAUUAAAUUGGGUAUUAUUAACAUCAAAUGAAACAAAAUAUUUAAGAAAUUCAUUAUUAUUUCAAAAAGAUAAUUAUCCUUUAUUUUCAAUUAUAUUAAUUGCUUGGUUUAGUAAUUCUUUAUGUGCAAUAUCUUUUUUAUUAUGGUUACAAAAAUAUGAAUUGGCAUAUUUUAUUUGUUCCUAUUUAACACUCUUAGAUAUUAAUUCAGAUUUCUUUCAUCAGCUAGAUAAUUUUAUUUUUUUAUUUGAAUCACCAGUUUUUUCAAAACAAAGAUUACAUCUAAUAUAUCCAAAAAAUUAUCCAUUUUUAAUCAAAUCAUUGAUGAUUCUAUCCUUAAUGUUACCUCUUAAUACAUCUAAUAAUAUUUUACAAAAAAGAUUGCAAAUUUCACAAUUAUCUAUGCUAACUAAUAAUGAACAAGUAUCAACCUUUUUCGAUACCCAUAACCACAACACAAAUUAUAACACUGGCAAUAAAAUUGAAAAUCAACUUCCUCCAGAUUCUACCAAAGAUAUAAAUAAAAAUAAUGAACAAUCUAGCCAAAAUGAAAAUGUCAAACCACAAUAUAAUAACCAAAAUAGUGUCGAAUUAAAUGAAUUGUUUAGCUUAGAAAAUGAUGAAAUAAUAAAGGAACAUAGUAUAAUUGAAAAAACACAAGCAGAAAAAAUGUCGGAGGAACAACAAUGGAAUACUAAAUAUGCUAACCUACUUAAUAACAUAAAGAAUCAUCUUUUAAAUCAAGAUCAUUCAAAUAAUAAUACAUUCGAUGAAAAUAAAGAGGGAAAUGAAUUUAUAAACAUUUUUAAAGCCAUAUUGAAAAAGCAUAGCCUAAUCAAAUAUUACAAAUAA